AUGUAUCGUCCCACUCUCUUCCCGCUCUUCUUUCAUAUAAUCCUCCUUCUUGGCGUGACUCAUGCUCGCCAAAUGACAAAGCACACCUUGCGCGAGAAACAGCGCGAGGCAGCGAAACGCUGGGCUUCGUCUGCUGUGUUCCCGAACUUGGAGGAGAGGGGCGGGACAGGUGUAAAAAACAUUACUUUCAGUAAUCCAAAAGCCUCAGAGUUCUUUGUCGAUGGCGCGUCGAUCCCUGAGGUUGACUUUGAUGUCGGGCCAAGCUGGGCGGGUUUACUUCCGAUUAGUGCGGAUCCAAAUGAGACGAGAAAGCUGUUCUUUUGGUUCUUCCCUCCUGGUCCACAAGGGAGUCUUGACGAUCUUAUUUUCUGGACCAACGGCGGACCGGGUUGUUCCUCUCUCGAAGGUCUUCUCCAAGAAAAUGGGCCGCUUACCUGGUCUUGGGGCCAAGCGAAACCUACCGUGAACGAAUUUAGCUGGACGAACCUCUCUAGCAUACUCUUCGUUGAGCAGCCUGUUGGAACGGGAUUUUCGCAGGGCGUGCCGAAUGCCCAAAACGAGGACGACGUUGCGGAACAACUCGUUGGCUUUUUCCAGCAGUUCUUGGAGGUGUUUUCCGAGCUUAAAGGAAAGAAAUUCUACUUGACGGGCGAGAGCUAUGCUGGCACUUACGUCCCAUACAUUGCGAACUUCAUCUUCGACCAUUCGGAUAUGCUUGACCUUGACUUGCAGGGUUUCUGGAUUAGUGAUCCCUCCAUCUCAUGGGAUGUUGUACAGGAACAGAUCCCCGCUGUAAGCUUUGUGCAUAAAUACGAGAACGUCUUCUCUUUCAACCAAACGUUCAUGGCGCACCUCGAUGCUCAAGCUGCGUCUUGCGGCUACUCUGAUUACUUUGAUAAGUUCGUGCACUAUCCUCCGAAGAACGGGUUGUUGCCUCUUCCCGGUAACUCGAUCGAAGGUCCGCGCGGGUGUGACUUAUGGGACGAGAUCUUCAACGCCGCUCUCAUCAUCAACCCGGCAUUCGAUAUCUACCGCGUCUUCGAUACCUUCCCAAUACUCUGGGACGUUCUCGGUUUCCCAGGUUCGUUCCCGCAGACUCAGCUCUCGCCUCUUUACUUUGACCGGGAGGACGUGAAACGCGCGAUCCAUGCUCCGGUGAAUGUUACCUGGACGGAAUGUUCGAACGUGAAUGUCUUCCCGAAUGGAGAUGCGAGUUUACCACCCGCUGUGAGUGGGGUGCUGCCGAACGUAAUCGAGAAGAGCAAGAGGGCGGUAAUUGUUCAUGGGUUGGCCGAUUUUAUUUUAAUCGCAGAGGGGACAAGGGGCUUCCAAACUCCGAUAGCGAAUGACAGUUUCAUUGUCGACGGUAUCGGUGCAUUAGGGAAUAUGCAUUCUGAACGCGGACUAACAUAUUACGAGGUCGACCUGAGCGGACACAUGGUACCGCAAUUCUCACCAGUUGCGGCAUUCCAGAUAAUGCAGUUCCUCAUGGGCUUCAGGAAUUCACCGUGA